UCAUAUAACACCUUUCUAGUGUAAUAUGCCUUAGUAUUUGUUUCUUCGGAUCGCACGCAGUCUCGGGCCAGCUCUACAACCGGUUGUUUCAUGACCUGUUCAGCAACAGUCCUAGAUACAUGAAACACACUCCCCCGGUAUUCAACAGCUCAUCCACCGUCUCCAUGGACCUGUCAAUCACUCUCUUGCAAAUUGAAGAUGUGAGUACCAGGUUUCAGUCCCUGAAGAUGCAGACGUGGAUGAUGAUGACGUGGAAAGACGGGAGACUGGCAUGGGACCCCCACGAAUACGACAACAUCAUGAACAUCCGGGUUCCGUCCUCCAUGGUGUGGGAACCUGACGUCAUGUUGUGGAACAGCCCAACCGGUGUUCACUUCACUCGGGUGCCGCUCGUUCUGUAUCACGAUGGGUCUCUGACGCACGUGCGACCCACGUCCAUCAAGAGUCGGUGCUCCAUUGACAAGCAUCGUCCGAACGACAGCUUCACAUGCAAACUCAAGUUCGGUUCGUGGACAUACGACGGCAACAUGUUCGACAUUAAGAUGAAGGCUGGUGAACGCGGUUUCGACAUGGCAUGGUUCCAGCAGAAUCCGAACUACGCCGUGAUCAGCACGAACUCCACCCGCCACGUCGAGUACUACCCGUGUUGCCCGGAGCCUUACGUCGACAUCACAUUUGAAAUUACCUUACAGCGAAGACAAGUCUGAGAAGAAACUCACUGUCCUCCUACCCUCACAUUCACCCCAUCCAGGCGCGUUUAAUAUGUACCGUGUUAAAAUCAUACUGAAUUGACUGAACAAUGAGGACUGGAUUUCAGUAGGACUGGGCGAGUCAACUACUCGCCGACAAGAAUCGGCGGUGAAAGUAUAUAUAUAUAUAGCUUUAAGUACUUGACAGGAUUUUUUUUUAAUUCGGGCAAAAACCAGCAUGCCCUCCUACAUAAAUGGGAGCCCGUACGCCUAUGGUUAGUUGUGGCAUGGAGGGGUCUAGACUGUGGCGAUUGAAGUUUAUGGGGUGGGGGUCGAAUCUGCUACCCCGGAAAAUAUAUUGGACAAAAAACGAAGAAGGGUUUCUACCCUCGACCCCCCCCCCCCCCCCCCCCCCCCUUCAUCUGCACAUGCGCCUGCCAUCCGCUUCGAAAGAAUUCUUCGUGUGUGGAGUAGUGAUGGACUUUUCGAAAAUGUGGUCCUGAGGCUCAGUGGACUUAAUUCAGGAGUUAUUCUGUUGACAAUCUAUUUUAAGUUUCAUUUAAAAUGUUGAAAAUAAUAGAAAAAAAAAAAUCUUUAAGAUAUAAAAGAAACUGGUUUUUCACAACAGUAAAGAUCGCUUGCUUUUCACGCCAAUCCAAUUUUCUUAUCCCCAUCAUGUAACGCCUUUACUCAUUAAAAAAAAAAAACAAUCUAAAAAAACAAAAAGCAACUUCAACAGACAUAACGGCGUUUUGAAAUUAAAACUGAUUGGGAUUGAAUUGGAUAACAUAUUAACGUGCCUACGUCCAGUUAAGGUUCAAACACGUCUCUCCUGAGCACAAUCUCCGACUUCGCCAGCGACUGGUUCCGGGACGGAGGGGGGUAG